GGACACUCAGCCUCUCUGACGUGGCUCUUCAGCAGGCGGAAGGCGAGAUCACGCUGGAAAGCGCUCCUUCGCUUCUCGGGGAGAAAUCAGAAUUCCCUCCUUGGGCCUUACCUUGUACUGGGCAAAGGGAUAGUGACGUGCACCGAAGGAGGAGGAGGAGGCAGUAAAUGAGCCUUUACUUUGAGGCUGAGAAGGAACGCCAGAGCCUGAGAAAGGAGGCGGGCAGCUCGUCCUGUCGCCCAAUCAGGGCCGCCCGACCCGGGGAGGUUUGAAAGAAGCUCAGGGAACGCUCGUGGUCUUCUUGCCGGCUUUCCAAGCGGAGCCGGUGGCCGCUCGGCUUCUGCUAACGUGGGGUUGUGGUGGUCGCAGAUUCCAGCCGUCGUGGAACUUUUCCUCCAGCUGUUUCUACUGUUAGACCUAUCGCUGUUUCUCUCUUCCUCCUCCUGGCUUCACUACUUCUUCCGACGAUGGCGACAAACGGAUCUUUUUAACCCCGGGCUCUUUGCAAGCCAUUCACUGGUCGAGCUUUGGAUCCUGCUCUUUUCCCACUCGCAAGUGCGUUGUAGCCCAUUCGGUUCCUCGGCGCCACCGAAGCUUACCGUGUGGGGAGUAAAGGCAGGGCGGCUUUGAAGGGGUCUUGCUGCUUUGCGCCGGUCUCCCGCGAAGCGGCUGCAUCCUGAGCAUCCCCAGAUAAUUAAAUUGUAUCUGUGCUGAUUGAUUCUUCUACCUGAUGUAAAACUUCAUGUGAUCCAGCAAGGGCAAUGAAGAGUAGCACCACUGAUGAGCUAGGGUAGAGCAGCCUACCCUAAGCCAGUGUCCUUCAGAAGGUGAUCACAUGAACCUGGGACACUGCAAUCAUCAUAAAUACAUGCCAGUUGCCAAAUUUUGAUCAUGUGAUCUUGGGGAUGCUUAAACAGUGGAUAUGCAGUGGCUGCGAAGGAUCCUACUGCUCAUCGUAGCGUAACAAUGAGAAUAUCCCAGCAGGGCUUUAGAUGUGUAGGAAAAUUUGGGUGCAGAAAUGCUCGGAUAUAUUUACAAAUGGGAAUCUGCAUUUCUGGCAGAAGGUACUUGCUGCUAAGAUUGCUCACCUGCAAUAAAAACCUGGAAAAACUAUUAAGGAUGAGCUCCUGUGCCAAAUCAAUGCUUCCGUCUCAGUGGCUGUUCCUGGCAUAUGUGUUAAUGGUGUGCUGUAAAUUGUUGUCCGCAACUAGCCAUCCCUCUCGGGGACUCACAGGCCUCAACCAAGUUAAGCAAGGGACCUGUGAGGUGGUUGCGGUGCAUCGGUGUUGCAACAAGAACAGGAUUGAAGAGCGGUCACAGACAGUCAAGUGCUCUUGCCUCCCAGGUCAGGUUGCAGGCACAACACACGCACGGCCAUCUUGUGUCGAAGCUGCCAUUGUUAUCCAGAAGUGGUGGUGUCAUAUGGACCCUUGUAUGGAAGGAGAGGAAUGUAAAAUACUUCCAGAUUACUCAGGUUGGUCAUGCAGCAGUGGAAACAAAAUCAAAACAACCAAGGUGACACGGUAGCACAAAGUCAACAUGUGUCAAAGCUGGAAUAAUGGGAUUUACAACCAAAUUUCCUGACUGCUGCACAGAGACAUUUACUUGGCAAGGAAACUGUCAAGUUGGUACUGUCAACUUUUCAAGUUAGCUGGCAAGAACUAGAACUGCCUUCUUUUUAAUGAUGACAGCACUUUUCAAAAACAAAACAAACAAGUUUCUUAUAAAGAACUGUAAGACAGGAACUAUAAGUCCAACCCUUUCACGUUCAGGAUGAACAAUUGUAAAAAAGAAGCUAAAACAUCUAGUGGAGUGUAUUGUCUAGGAUCUGAUUUAUGAUGUUUAAAUACUCAAACUGGGUUUGCAUAACGUCUGGGAAUAAUUAGAUGAAGAACCAGAAAUAAUUCAGAUGAAUAUGGUAGGAAAGACAAUUGAAUUAGUGUUUAAAUAUUCACAUCAAUAUAUUUUUAUGUAGGAUUUAAUAAUAAUUAAAUGAGCUCAUGAAAUAAAUCAUUAUGCUCAGUAAAUUGUAGCUUAUGCCAAUCUUUAUAUUCUGUUAACAGUCUGUACAACUUUAUUUCUUUCCAUUUGUACAGUGUUAAAAGAGAGAGAAUACUUGUUCUGCAAAUAGAUAGUAUUUACAGCAUAUAAAACAGAAUUAUAAGUACUGUUCUGUUUCACUGCAGUCAGAAAACUGAAAGAAAAUGCAACCAUUGAUUAGAAAUUUUACCCAACUCAAGGAAUAUUGAGAUCUCAGUUCGCACUUUGCUAGUUCCAUAUACAUGUGGAAAUUAAUAAGCUAAAUCACUCAUUUAAAGUCCACAGGUGAUCAAUAAAUUUUAAAUUAAUAAAAAAAUAAAAUGUAUACAUUGCUGGCAUUUUCAAUUGAUGAUGGUCAUGAGCAGAUGCAUAGAAAUCAAAUAAAAUGAAAAAGAAAUUAUUUUGUUCACAUUUGAAUGUGAAUGAACUGUACGUACCGGAAAGGAAGAUUACAUUUCCUUGUCCAUCCUCCAACAUCACCAAAACAGGAAAGCCACUUGCGGUACACUAAUGAACUAUAUUGUGCAAAUGUACAAUAUGCAAAAAUUCAAUCUAUCAAAGAAUAUUUUUGCAAAAGCUCUGCAUUAGUCAACACUGCAAACCAAAAAUAUAUAUGUCUGAAGACUUUAUAUAUUGUGAUACAAACCUGAAAAAAAAUAUAUCAAGUUUAACAAGCUGAACUUCAUAGAUUUGUCCAUCCAUGCUGUAUAUUCUACAUGCAAAAUUAAAAACUUUACUCAUCAUAACAUCUAUAAACUCACAUAGAAUAGCAGUGUAUAGCAACAUAUCUAACCCUCUGCCUUUCAUAUAUAAUAUUAUGAUCUUUUAAUUGGAUGUCCAUAUCUGUAUGCUAAAAGAUACAAGAAAAUCUUUAUAGAGUGGGGAUUGCCCACGUUUGCUUUAGUUGCCUGUUUUGGUGCUUAACUACAUUUAAUAUGAUUUCGGAUCUUGAGCUGAGUCAGGGCAAUGGUGCAAAUGAAGCAAACUGGAAAAUGGUGAUGUAAGAACUGAGAACAUCUUGGGACUUUGGAUUAAAUUUCCAAUAUUUUACCUAGAAUUAUACAAUAGGUGGGAGGAAUCUCUCUUUUGCUUGGUUUUGCUUGCUGUAUACCACUUAUUUAAAAAUAUAUUUAUGUCCUAUAAACAAUGUUCUACUGUAGGUAGAAGAAAUACAUCCUCUUUCAGUUAGUUGCUAUUUAUAAUAAUUAAAUACACAGUUCUUUAGGAGGCUAUAUUUUCUAGCUCGUAUGAUUUAUAACGUGUAACUGUUUCUUAUUACUUUAAUUGUAUUUCAUUCUGGGUCUCAUCUUCCCCCAAGGGUUCCCUUUGUUUUGUUCCAGCUUAUGCAAAAGAAAGUUCACUUUUAGUCUUGUGCUGGAUGUAUCACUUUGCUUUAAAAUACAUUAAAAUACGUUUAAAUGCA